CAAAGAAAAUGAAGGGUUUCACACUUUUGGUAUAGAAAAAUCCGUUGGUGUAUGGUUCAUAAACAAAUGUAUUGAGAAGCUCGUGGAUUGCUCAAGAUUUGAAAUCAAUUUCAUUGGAGGAAACAAAGUGAUGAGAAAUUGAAUCGCAAUUGGUGAUAGAGGGAGAAAGAGCGAGGAAAGGGCACAAUGAUGGAAUGAGGAAGAUUCAGAAGGCGAUGCGACUCUUUGGUUUACAAAAAUUGUUUGGAAGAUGAACAAACUCCCUGUCGGUUUCCAAGAAGAAAAUUAGGAAGUCAAUCUUCAACGCCGGGGACAUAGCCGGCAUCACCUGCGCCUAUACAUGCACUUUCCUCCACGUUUCUCAAGCUCCACACCAGAGAAAGCUCGGAUCUGAUUCAGGAACACCCAUUUGGAGACGACCAUGUGUGGGAUUUUCGCGUAUUUGAAUUACAAUGUCCACAGAGACAGGCGCUUCAUUCUUCAGGUCUUGUUCAAUGGCCUCCGCCGUUUGGAGUACAGAGGCUACGAUUCUGCCGGAAUCUCCGUUGAUUCUUCGCCCUUUUACUCUCAAUUCACUUCCGAUCUCAACAAUGCUCAUUCCGUUCCUCCUCCUCCUCCCCUCGUCUUCCGUCAGGCUGGCAACAUCGAUUCCCUCGUCAAAUCUGUUCACUCCGAGGUUGAAACAAUCAAUUUGAAUUUGGAAGAACAAUUCUCUGUUCAUGCUGGGAUUGCACAUACCCGUUGGGCUACCCAUGGAGAGCCAGCUCCAAGGAAUAGUCAUCCUCAGACCUCUGGUCCUGAAAAUGAAUUUCUGGUUGUUCACAAUGGAAUUGUUACUAACUAUGAGGUCUUAAAGGAAACUCUAGUCCGGCACGGUUUUGUUUUUGAAUCUGAUACAGACACGGAAGUAAUUCCAAAGCUGGCAAAAUUUAUUUUUGACAAUGCAACGGAAGGUGGUCAGGCUGUCACAUUUAGUCAAGUUGUGCUUGAAGUUAUGAGGCAUCUCGAAGGCGCUUAUGCUCUUAUUUUCAAAAGCAGACAUUACCCAAAUGAAUUGAUUGCUUGCAAACGUGGUAGUCCAUUGAUCCUUGGAGUUAAAGAUUUAGCUGAACCUACCUGCAAUGGAUCAGCAGCAUUCAACGAUGACAAGUUUCUUUCGAAAAAUGGACACCCGAAAGAACUUUUCCUAUCCAGCGAUGCUAAUGCCGUAGUUGAACAUACAAAGAAAGCUUUGGUGAUAGAGGAUGGUGAAGUUGUUCAUAUCAAGGAUGGAGCUGUAUCCAUAUUGAAGUUUGACAAAGAGAAGGGGAAAAGUUGUGGAUCUCUUUCUAGACCUGCAUCGGUCCAACGUGCACUAUCUAUUCUUGAAAUGGAGGUCGAGCAAAUAAAUAAGGGAAAUUAUGAGCACUACAUGCAGAAAGAAAUUCACGAACAACCUGAAUCUCUAACGACCACUAUGAGGGGGAGGCUAAUACGUCGGACUUCUUCUAAAGAUAAAACUCUUCUUCUGGGUGGACUAAAGGAUCACCUUAAAACAAUAAGGCGAAGCAGGCGUAUCGUUUUUGUCGGUUGUGGUACAAGCUAUAAUGCUGCUUUAGCUGCCAGGCCUAUCCUUGAAGAACUAUCUGGUGUUCCCGUUACAAUGGAAAUUGCUAGUGAUCUCUUGGAUCGCCAAGGGCCAAUAUACAGAGAAGAUACGGCUGUUUUUGUCAGUCAAUCUGGUGAAACUGCAGAUACUUUACACGCCCUGGAGUAUGCUUUAGAAAAUGGAGCUUUGUGCACUGGUAUUACGAAUACGGUUGGUAGUGCAAUAGACAGGAAUACACAUUGUGGAAUUCAUAUAAAUGCGGGUGCUGAGAUUGGCGUUGCAAGUACAAAAGCAUACACAAGUCAAAUAGUUGUGAUGGUCAUGAUGGCUCUUGCAAUUGGUGGGGACUCAAUCUCCCAUCAAAGAAGAAGAGAGGCUAUAAUAGAUGGCUUAUUUGACUUGCCAAACAAAGUGAGGGAAGUGCUGAAACUUGAUCAGGAAAUGAAGGAUCUUGCGGAACUAUUGAUUGCCGAGCAGUCACUUCUUGUAUUUGGGAGAGGAUACAACUAUGCUACAGCGCUUGAGGGUGCUUUGAAAGUAAAGGAAGUGGCCCUAAUGCACAGUGAAGGAUUGCUUGCCGGGGAAAUGAAACACGGUCCUUUAGCAUUGGUCGACGAAAACCUCCCAAUCGUUGUCAUUGCUACACGUGAUGCUUGCUUCAGCAAGCAGCAGUCUGUCAUCCAACAACUUCAUGCUCGCAAAGGUCGCCUCAUAGUAAUGUGUUUCAAAGGGGAUGCCCAAAGUGUGUGCCCUGGAGAUUCCUGUAGAGUAAUAGAAGUUCCCCACGUCGAGGAUUGCCUUCAACCCGUCAUUAAUAUCAUUCCAUUACAGUUAUUGGCAUAUCAUCUCACUGUUCUUAGGGGAUAUAACUGUGACCAACCUAGGAAUCUUGCCAAGAGUGUGACAACCGAGUAGUUGACUAGACCAGCAUUCACAAUAUCCUUCUCCCUCCCACUCUUAACCCCCUCGUGUGGUUUCGACUUCUGUGUGCUACGCUGCUCAGCAUCUCUCCUCAUAGGUUGGAACUCUUGAUCUUCUGUUGAUAUGAUUUUAACUGAGGCUGUGACUUGUUCUUUGUAAGUUAGCAGAUAAUCGUGGGAGCUGGGCUUCCACAAUUCUAUUCAUUUUGGAAGAUGGUGUGUUUGGUUAACAUUAUCAUGAUAUGUUUUACUUUGCUUCAUUCUUAUUUAACCAUUCUUAUUCCAACUUUUGGGAACCUUCUCUCCUCUUCACCCAUGUUUACUGGAGUACUUAUGAAUGGUAUGAUACCUUUU